ACACAGUUACUAUGAACGUUCGUGUCAGUCGGUUGCUUUGGGCGAGCGUUUUCGCGUAAACUAAUUGAUUUCAUCUAAUUAAAUUAUAGUGAAUCAUUGUGAUACUGAUGCAUUUGUGAUGUGAGCCAUGUUAAUUAAAUCUGUGUUAACAUUAAUCGUAGUGACUUCAAAAUAGGGGGUGUAACACAAAACAAAAAUGGCUUCGGGAGAUACUGAUCACAUAGAAAUUAUGGAUAGUUCAGUGACGAAAAAGGCGGAUAUCGGCACAGGGCCGUCAGGCUCGGAGGACGAUGAUCGCGACAGGCUUUCCAUUGCUGAAAAAAAUGUUCCCUACGAUCCGGCCGUCGGCCCGUCGGGCGCGAUCAGCAAGGUGCACAAGUCCGAUCGGAAGAUCGGCCACCGGCGCGUCGGCGAGGGCGGCGAGAUCACGUACAAGAAGAUACAGUCGUCGCAGAUCAUGGGCUCCAUACAGUUGGGUAUCCAGCACGCGAUCGGCGGCCUCGCCUCCAAACCGGAGAGGGACCUCCUCAUGCAGGACUUCAUGACGGUGGAGACCACGAACUUCCCCAGCGAGGGCUCCAACCACACGCCCGCGCACCACUACUCCGAGUUCAAGUUUAAGACGUACGCGCCGAUCGCGUUCCGAUACUUCCGCGACCUGUUCGGCAUACAGCCGGAUGACUUUUUGAUGUCAAUGUGCAGUGCACCAUUACGCGAACUGAGCAACCCCGGCGCGUCGGGUAGCAUAUUCUAUCUGACGAACGACGACGAGUUCAUCAUAAAAACUGUGCAGCACAAGGAGGGGGAGUUCCUGCAGAAACUGCUGCCUGGAUACUACUUGAAUCUGGAUCAGAACCCACGAACGCUACUGCCAAAGUUCUUCGGGCUGUACUGCUAUCAGUGCAACAGCAAAAACGUGCGGCUCGUCGCUAUGAACAAUUUGCUGCCGUCGUCGGUGAAGCUGCACCAGAAGUACGACUUGAAGGGAUCCACUUAUAAGAGGAAGGCAAGCAAAACAGAGAGACAAAAGAGCUCACCGACAUACAAAGAUCUAGACUUCAUGGAGCACCACACCGAGGGCAUAUUCCUGGAAGCCGACACGUAUACGGCGCUCAUCAAGACGAUGCAAAGGGACUGCCGGGUUUUGGAGAGUUUCAAGAUAAUGGACUACUCCCUGCUGGUCGGCAUACACAAUUUAGACGAAGCGCAACGCGAGAAAACCGAAGCGAGAAAACGAACCGACUCCGGGCAGAGCGACGACGAGGGGGACGGCGAGAGGAGGGGACUGAAUAGGACUAGAUCGGAACAAAAAGAAGAUUUCAAAGCUCAAGUGAAAAGGACACAGUCGAUAAACCGGCAACGGCUGGUGGCCCAUUCGACGGCAAUGGAGAGCAUCCAAGCGGAAAGCGAGCCCAUAGACGAGGAGGAGGACGUGCCGCCCGGCGGCAUACCGGCGCGGAACGCGCGCGGCGAGCGGCUCCUUCUGUUCCUCGGCAUCAUCGACAUACUGCAGUCGUACCGACUUCGCAAAAAGUUGGAGCACACCUGGAAGAGCAUGAUACACGAUGGGGACACAGUAUCCGUACAUAGACCUAGUUUUUACGCGCAGCGUUUCCUCGAUUUCAUGGGGAAAACUGUAUUUAAGAAAAUACCUUCGUUGGACCUCCCGGAGAUCAAGGGGAAUCACCGCAAAUUCCGAACCUUGGUGACCAGCUACAUAGGUUUGACACUGAAACACUCCCCGUCGAAGCGAAAGAGCAUCGCGAAGCCAUCGAGACCGCAGGAAGAGAUCGAUACACCCGCAGCUAGUUCGAGUGGAACGAACGCAAAAGCAGUGUCGUUAACUGACGUCACAGCGCAAAUUACGCCGACGUCGGUGACGUCACCGGUGUCGACGUCCGCUAGAGUGAGCCAGGCGGCCACGAAAACAACUCUGUCCACUCCAGAGCCAGAGGUGGCUUUCCCAGCGGUCCUCAAGGGCUCGCAGAAGCAAAGAGUCCCACCCCCCGUCCCGCCACGUGGCUCACCCAAAGCUAAACGUGGUGGCCACUCGCAAUCUACUCUCGAUAAAGUGGGGGGGGUGUCGUGUUGCUCGACGCCGCCGCCGCCGUUCGAGGAGGCGCCACCGCGCACGAGCCGGACGAACUCUUCGUCCACUACAUCGUCAAGUGCGUCAGGUCGGCGGCGCGGCGCGUCGAGCGCGGCGAGCGUUAUGACCACCUCGUCGGCCUCGUCGCUCGCCCUGACGCCCGCGGCGCUCAGCAGCGCGAGGAGUAAUGAGGCUAGUGUGUGCUGGACACCACCAGCGUCGGUAGAAGGCUCCACGCCAACAUGGACGGAGGGGACGCCGAGUUUCACUGAAUCGAGUAGCAGUGAACAAGGCUACCCAAUAACGCCGGCACGUGACGGGCGCCGCUCGCCGCGGCCGGCGCCGCCGCCGCGCGCCACUCCCAUCAACUGCCUCACCACGGAAGUGACGCGAUUAUAAGCAACGACGGCCACGAUGUUAUUAGUGAUACCAAAGAUAAAUGUAUUGCGAAAGGAGGGCAGGUGCAAAAAAUAACUGUCUGAUAAAACUUAAUGUUUUGUCAUGAUCAUGUUGUUAAAAAUACAUAAUAGCUUAUAUGAUAAAGUCGGAAACUAUAUUCCGAAUUUGUGGACUACCAAAUGAGCUGUUUUAAUAUACGUAAAUAUAGUCACGUGGACUUUUUCCGUUUGUUCUGGCUAAUCGUCUAUUUAGCUGGGCCGAUUUCGAUUGAACUUUCUCUGGCAUACUGUUCUUUAUAGUAUGUGAUAGUUCAUUUAAGAAUUGAGAGUGAGGACUUAAUUAAUUCCAUGAAAAUCUAACAUCGUAAUAUUGCCAGUUAAAUAUUAAAUUUAAUUGAAUAUUACUGCCAUUAUACAAUCACUUUAUGGGUAUACUUUUCAUUACUCACAGUUGAGUAUCGUUUAAGUAUUUAUAUAUGUGUUAGAUAAAAUUGAAUAUAAUGUAUUUCGUGGAUAUGACUAGCCUCCACGAUAAAUGUUACAUUCUAAAAGAAUGAUAAGAGACAUAAGACUUGAUAAGGAAUUCGCGCUAACUAUUUUGAAUUUCAUCUGUAGAUAAAUUUCAAGUGAGAUUCAUUUUUUACACACCAUUAUUAGACGUUGUAACGAAGAUCUGAAAAAUUUACAUUGAUAUGUAAUUUCUCUUUAAAUUUAAUCGAUAUUGCCGCAAAAUUUAUAACGCUCAAGAGGUCAUCAAAAUGAGUUUUUCGCUAAUCUCACGACUUAUUGCUCAGAAGUCAAUAGAGAGAGUCAUUAAAAAAUUGUUUAUCGUAAAGUAAUCCACAAGAAUCCCUCCAGAUAUUUUCUCAGCAGCGAUUCGCAAAUAUUAUUUCAUACGAUUUAAAAAUAGCGUCCGUCUUGUUUCUUUGUGCAUGUUUAAUGUAAAUCUUGAAGUUUUUUCUAGAAGCAAUUAAUGCGGGAGAUUCUACUACUUAUUUCUAGAAAUUGGUAUCGUUUUUACGUCAAUUUUGGCAAUGGAGUUGGUGAGUCACCUGAUGGUAGAAAUAACCACCGCCCAUGAACAUUUGCAGAGGCGUUAGGUCUGCAAAUGACCUACCGACUUUAAAUAAAAAGGGAUAAAGAAAGGAUUAAAUGAAAGGACCGGGAAGGGUAGGAAUAUGGAUACGGGUCUCCGGUAUAAGGUGUUCAUUGUAUAAAAUAGGAUGUAAUUUUAAUAAAAUAUACAUUAAAGGUGGGAAAAGUGAUAGGAACGGGUAACUAUUUCUAUUUCAUAGCUUUUGAAACCAACAGUGCAUUUCGCUUGGUAGAUAUGUUUCUAAAAUAAGAAAACUACUAUAUUACCCAGUCUCUCACUUGCGUGCCAACAUUUGAUCAAUGCACGAAUUUUAACGUUCAUUUUGGUAAAAAAAAUUUGCAAAUAAUGUUAUCCUCGUAGGUUUGCGUAUUCAUGCGUUUGCGUAUUCGUAAGUGACUGGCAUAACGUGCUUACGAGUUUAAUGGAACCAUUGUAGAAGUUUAUAUUUGUAUUUUACUUUAUUAUUUAAAGUGUACCAUAUGAAAUGAAAAAAAAGAAAGACGA